CCUGGAAGGGUCAGCAGUAGGUAGCUGGGAGGGUAGCCUUGAGAAAUCCAACAGCACAGGUUCAAAUUCUACUUACCUUCUGUGUAACUUGGAGCAAUUUCCUUAACCUCCCUUUACAACACAGAUGGACUCACAGUACCUAUUGGCCUAAGCAAAGGUGGUGAAAGAUGACUGACAUUCUGCAAGACCCAACACAGAUGCAGGUUGACAGUGGACUCAACUCUGGGAUGUAUGCAUCAGAGAUGGGCUCAGAGACUUGGACUCUGUCUUCGAUCCUGAAGCAGCCCUGCAGAUUGAUCACAGGCCCUCUCAGCCUCAGAUCGCAUUGGUACUGUUGGAACCAUGUAGUUUCAGCAGCAGUCCUGCUGAGAUGUGAGGAUGUUACAGUCAUCAGCAGGUCAAGUGAAAGAUCUGCUUCGUACCUUGGAGCAAACUCCAAUCUCCUUGCUUUAGGUCUUGGAGACCAUCUAGUUCAACCAUGGACCACCAUCCAUGAAGGACACACCCACCCUGCAUUCUCCACACAGAAAGACACAGAGGAGGCUCCCUCCUGGGACCUCAGAUUAGGCAUAAACCACACCCAAACACCUGUUUUUACUGAGAGAUUCUUUCUUAAGGAGGGCAGAAAAGUUAAAGUGGCUGAUUUUAGAACCUAGAGUCUGCUGGACGCCUCAUCAGGCCCACUAAACAGAGAUGCCAUUGAGUAGCCAUGAGACUCGUUCUGAGAACGUUUGACUGCAAUCCCAACGCAACACCGCCAUCUCAGAGAUCUAAAAGAAGACCUUACAGGGGGUAAGAACACUUUCUAAGGAAUAGAAGCAGUGUGGCAACCUGUAAACUGUUAAAGAAAAAUAACAAGGCUGUAGCAGCUUACCACAGAAAUUAGAGACCCAUGAGUUUCAGGAAGGAGAAUUCAAAGUGCUCAUAUUACAGAAGUUCAGUGAGGUGGAAGGAAACACAUUUAAGAAGAAAAGUAAAGAAAUUUGAGGGGGAAAGUAAACAUAUUUAUCAUUAAAUAAAAUUUAAACAUUUUCCCAGAGACAAUCAUAGGCAGAAAUUGUGAAGUAUGAAAUUGUAAUUUAAUUUGUGCAGAAAUUAAUUUAUGGACUGAGUUAGAAUUUAUACAUAAUUUGAAAAAAUGAUGUAGAUAACUUGUGUCAAUAAGCUACCAUUGUGCUGUGAAUUCUACUGUAUUCACAAUAAAAUUAUGGUUCAUAUCCUGAUAACUGGGAGGUAUAGCAGAAAAUAAAAUGCAUGAGGGUAAUGAACAAAAGAAUAUAUGGAUGCUUUCAUAUCUCUAGUCAGUAUAGUGAUGGAUGAUGUCCUAGCCAAAACCAGCUAACAGAACACAGAGGCUCCAAAUAAGAAAUGAUGGGAAAAUGAACUCUGAAAAUAAUGGGACUUCUAUAGAAAGUGGUGAAGACUCACCCACCACACUUGUAGGACUACUAAUUUGAUGAAUUUAUAGGGUACAAAUUUAAACUAUAGAAAUCAGUGGUAUUCCUAUGUGCUACCAACAAAAUUGUCCAAAUAAGUCACAGGGGGUAAAAGAAAACAAAGAAAAUAACUCCAUUCAUACUAGUUUAAGAGUAUAAAUAAAAUACUUGAAAAUCAACUUAACCACAGAGGUAACAGACCCAUGUAUUGUAUACAAUAAAAUAGAGAUGGAAAAACACAGAAGACAUAAAUAAACAAAAAUAUAUCCCCGGUUUAUGGACCCCACACUGUCACUGGCUACUCUCUGAUCCUGGCAGCGGCCUUCCUCUUGCUGAGAACUCUGCUCACAGUCCCAGCAUCUGCCUCCUACGGUUAUAGUCACAACUCCCAGUAACCUAUUAAAAUCAAAACUCAAUAAGCUUGUAAUUUAUCAAACAGAUUUCUAUCUUAAGUUCUCAUUCCACAAAACAUCCACAUCCACACAAUGAACUCACAGUCAAUUGAUAAUGAUACAAACUGCCCACCUAGAUAAGACAAAUUGUCCUAUAAAAAUCCAUCCCUUAUGAAAUAUUCAUAAUACCCGUGGCCUUUUAAGUCCACACAGAUCUGGGUCAUCCUUCUCCUCUAUCUUGAUUCUCCUCCUCCUCCUCUUCUUCCUCUUCCUCCUUCUCUUCCUCCUCCCCCUCUCUCUCCCUCCUCUCUUCAAAACUCUGUGCCCCCCUUACUUUUUCACUAACCAAAUCACAGGCCUUGCCUUCUCUUGUGUCUGCCUUCACCUGCAAAUAGACAGCAAUCCCCCCCCACACACACACACUGGGAGGGAAACUAUGUAAAGUGUUACAUAUGCUAAUUAGCUUGGUUGUAGAAAUCCACAGUAUAUAUCUGUAUUGAAAUAUAUUGUAUAUACCCUUCAUAUAUACUAUAUAUAAAUUCAUCAGUUAUGCUUCAACAACACUAAAAAGUUUCAAGGUGAACCCAAUAUUAAAUAUAAACUUAAUUAAACCCAAAUCUCUCAAUGGCUUACAGAUAUUGGGUGGCCAUUGUUGCAAAUUCUGGGUUCUAUAUUAUACUUUUCACUGUCCUUGUUGUUCUUCCAUCCCUCCUAUCCUGCUUUAAGUGUGCUAUACCAAAAAGACAACAGGAAUGGAGCCAGCUCCAGCCCAAAAGCCAGCUCCACCCUUAUUGGUGACGUCAGCUUUAGGGCUGGAGAGAUGGCUCAGAGGUUAAGAACACUGAGAUCUUCCAGAGGUCCUACGUUCAAUUACUUGCUGGUUCCCUUUUUUCUCAGGACCCGCUCUAUGUUUUAUAGCUCACACAGGCUUAUCCCCCUUCUGUCAAGCACAGGCACAGAGUGCACAGGCAUCCAGGGCCCCUAAAAAGGUUUAAGGCUGGGGUCUCCUGAGGCUCUAACCAGUCUUUCCCUGAGUUGGGAGGUGAGUUUCCAGAGAGCAGGGCCCCACACCUAGAUGACUGGACAGGAGAGGCCCCAAGUGGACAGAUGCAUCCCUCACCAGAGCUUAGAAAAGACUCCUAGUCACUCAUUUUGCUCAGUAAAUGGCUAUCCUUCUUGCCAGGAGAAGUGCUGGCUCCUGGUCUGAACAGAUGUAGUCUCUAGGUUGUGAAGACUGACUAUUCUGCCACACUCAGCCCACUGAGAAGCAACAACCACUCCCUUCCAUGCACCUUAGGGCACUCAGUGCAGAUACCUAUGGGUUCUCUUCACCACAGACGGAGGCCAAGAAACUGGCUCCUGACCCCACAGGGAAUCCACACAGACUGGGACUUCAACGCCAGGUAGAGAACAUCACCAAAUUUACCAGCAGGCUCUUUUAGCAGGUCUCAACAAUAAUUUGGUUAAGGUUUAGAUAAGGAUAGUAGACAAAAAAAUUGAUAAAAGUCCAGUGACAUUUUUUGAACAGGUCAUAAAGGUUAUAUGUGUAAGGCUAUACACACAUAGACCCUGAGAAAACAGCACAUUUUAGCACGGGCUUUCAUCAAUUAGUUAGUGCUGAACAUUAAGAAGAACUUACAGAUUCAAAAAAGAUUAAGAAAAAAGUCAUUAAAAGAUGUAAUGAAAGUUUCAGGGAGAGUACAGAAGAGUGCAGAUUAAGACAAGAAAGACACUAAAUAGAGAUUUUGUUAGAGUCCUUCUAGCCAACAAAGCCUCAGAUCCAGGAGACCAAGCUUCAAAAAAUUGCUAGGCAAGUAGUAGAUAAAGGGAUCUUGACCAAUACUCUAGGGCCACAGAAAUGGCCAGAAGCUUAUUUAUCACAAAACUGGGCCCUGUGGCAGCAGAAUAGCCACAUUGCCUGUGUAUUAUUGUAGCAUGACACUGUUGAUUAAAGAUACAGAUAAAUUAACUUUGGGACAAAAUUUCAUUGUGAUUACCCCCCAUGCAAUUAAAGGGGUAUACUGCCUUCUGAUUGAUGACUCAGCAAUGCCUAAAUGAUUCAUUAUCAGACUUUACUAAUCAACCCUGCUAAGUUAUUUAUUUUCC